AUGGUUAGCAUAUUUAACGCGGAAGCUUCUUCCUCAGCUACACUGAUAGCAACAGCCAACAUCAUGGGUACGCCUCGCCCUCGUUUUCUGCUCACCCUUGUCCUCGUGGCUUCUCUGAACCUCCUCGCGGUUUUCGCGGCGCUCCCUCCGGAUGGUUACUUAGACGCGAGCGAGCCCGCACUCGAGCAAGCAUACGACCCGCGCGCGCUCCUCGUGGCUGACAGCGAUGCCUCACUCGACUCCGUCCCGGAGUCCGUUGACUCGAUUGACUCCGUUGACUUCGAGGAGUCGGAGGACCCGCGGGUGCUUCUCGCGAUGGGCGAUGUAGCGACGGACUUGAAGCAGACGUCGGACGUCGCGAGCGGCCUCGUGAAGCAAGCCAUUGGGCAGGCGGGGAGGAACGUGCGCCGCAACUCGGUCGGGUCCAUGAUGGGAGUCCCGCCCAAGAAGGGCAAGAAGAAGCACCGCCGCCACCGCCACCGCGGGGGGAAGAAAACUGGGCCGGCGGGAGCUGGUAAGCGCAACUCGGGCGCAGCUCCCAAGGCGUCCGCUGCCGGUAAGCGCAAAUCGGGCGCGGCAGCCCCCAAGACGCCCGCCGCUCCUGCUGCUGGCGCGAAGGGGGUUCCGAAGAAGCAGACGGGAAGCAACCCGGACGCAGCAUCCAAGCCGUCCGCGGCUCCCGCUGCUGGCGCGGCAGCCGUCCCGAAGAAGGAGGCGCGAGCAAAGGACACCUCGGAAGCAGCCCCCAAGGCCCCCGCUGCUGCAAGCGAGCCACGCGCACUCCUCGAGGCGGCCGACAGCGAUGCGGCCUUGAUUGACUCCGUUGACUUUGCCUCCGUUGACUCCGUUGACUCGGAGGACCCGCGGAUGCUUCUCACGAUGGGGAACGCAGCGGCGGACCUGAAGCAGUUGUCGGACGACGCCAGCGGCGCCGUGAAAAACGCUCUCGGGCAGGCGGGGAGGAAGGUGCGCAACUCGGUCGGGUCCAUGAUGGGAGUCCCGCCCAAGAAGGGCAAGAAGAAGCACCGCCGCCACCGCCACCGCGGGGGGAAGAAAACUGGGCCGGCGGGAGCUGGAAAGCGCAACUCAGGCGCAGCUCCCAAGGCGCCCGCUGCUGGUAAGCGCAACUCGGGUGCGGCAGCCCCCAAGACGCCCGUCGCUCCCACUGUUGGCACGGCGGCCGUCCCGAAGGAGCAGGCGCCGGGGGCAAAGGCCACCUCGGACGCAGCCCCCAAGCCCACCACUGCCACCGCAGCCCCCAAGCCCCCCACAGCCAGCGCUGCGAGCAGUGCUGCGAGUAGUGCUGCGCCCGGCAUUUGA